AUGCUGCUUUUUGGCGCGUUUGGCUAUCUGUAUUGCUUCGUCGAUGUUGCAACCCAACCCAACCCAACUCAACUGCCGGCCGCGCAGGGUCAAGCAGUUGUUUUGCGAUAUCAUCCGCAAGCAGGUGAUGCCAGGUUUAACGAGAUGACGACUUCCCGCGUUGGUUGUUGCCCAACCUUGACAACCAUCGACCUUUCUAUCGCUGUAAGCACUGAUGUCAUGUUGCUCAUAGUGAAUAUGUAG